AAAGAAACUCUAGAUUUGACGUAUGGCAAGAUGGUGGCUGACUGAUAGUGAAGUUCAAUGAUAACGCAAAUCGUCAGUGUUUCUGCAAAAUAAUUUAGUGUUCAGUGCCGAAUUGUCUAGAGAGUCCGUGCAAGCGAUGCUGCGAGAGCUCGGGUCAUUAUUAACAACGACGAGUGCGUUUUAGAUGAUAGUGGUGUUACAGUAUUAAAAAUGAUAUGAAUAAUUCUUUAGAAUUUUUAUAUUGAAACUAAGCAAAUCAACGUACCAUGUCCCACUGUGAAGUGGAGGCAGUCUCUCCUGGGUUUCACCAGCUGAGCAUCACCAUCGAAGCAGCGAUACUAAGAAGCUCGUCAUUCCUAAAGCCCAAUCCAUAUAUUGAAUUCUCAGUGGAUGAGCAAAGUCCAAGAAAGACAGAAGUCUCAAAAUCUACAUACCAGCCAAAGUGGAAUGAGGAAUUUACAAUUCUUGUAACUCCUUAUUCUCAGUUGCACUUUCGUUUGCUAGAUCACAGCACCUUCCGCAAGGAUGCCUUGAUCGGAGAAAAGAGAAUAAGUCUGUUUCAAAUCCUUUCUCAUUACAAUGGGAAAUUAGAAAAUCUUGAGCUUACGCUUGAUCUCAUGACAGAAAGCAAGCAUGACUCUCAGUUAUCUAAAGUAGGAGAGUUGGUGACACUUUUUGAUGGCUUAAGGAUUGAUAUGAAUGGCAUUGCCCCACCAAACGUUGGUGAACAAUUACGACAAACUCAAAAUAUUCCAACCGGUACUCCGAUGCCUCUUGGUUCCUCUAAUAGUGACACAACGAAUAACCGCAGCAUCCUAAACGGAGGUGUGCGUGCUCGUAUGCGAUUACAUGGCACUGAGAAUGCAGUUCCCUCAACAAUCCAACCAGUGAUGCAUCGCAGUUCAACCAAUAUACUUCACAAUUCCAGUUACAAUACAAAUCAAUCCAGUAUUAGCGUGAACAAUGACCAAGUUCUACCACCGACAAUUUCAGUAGCAAACGGUAUGGGUAAUCACAAUUCCACAAGUGAUAGUAGCAGCGGCACAUGUCCUCCACCAGGACAACCAGCAUCCGCAGGACCUUCUGCAGUACCUAGUGAAGGUCAGAAUGGAAAUCAACCUGAGGAACCAUUACCAGCAGGCUGGGAAAUGCGAACCGAUCUGUUCGAGCGCAGUUAUUAUGUAGAUCAUAAUACGCGUAGCACCUCCUGGGAGAGGCCGCAACCUCUACCUCCAGGAUGGGAGGUCCGACGGGAUCCUCGUGGUAGGAUUUAUUAUGUGGAUCAUAACACAAGAAGCACUACGUGGCAGAGGCCGAAUACGGAGAGGCUACAGCACUUUCAGCACUGGCAGGGUGAACGACAGUAUGUCGUACAGCAAGGCAAUCAAAGGUUCCUCUAUCCUCAGGCUCAUGGUAGUCAGACUGCUAUGGCCGGACCUUCUACGGCGGCCGUCGAUGAGGACGAUGCUCUUCUGGGUCCCUUGCCAGCUGGAUGGGAAAGACGAAAGCAACCUGAAGGAAGAGUUUACUACGUUAAUCACAAAAACAGAACAACUCAGUGGGAAGAUCCCAGGACGCAGGGUCAGGAGACAAUGGAUGAGCCUCCACUUCCCGACGGCUGGGAGAUCAGGUUGACGGAGGACGGUACCAGAUAUUUUGUCGAUCACAAUACAAGGACUACCACCUUCCAGGAUCCUAGACCAGGUGCUCCGAAAGGACCUAAGGGUGUGUACCGGGUACCAAGGGCGUACGAGAGAUCUUUCCAUUGGAAAUUGUCACAAUUUCGAUUCUUGUGUCAAACGAACGCCUUGUCAAAUCAUAUAAAAAUCAGUGUCACCAGACAAACACUUUUUGAAGAUUCCUAUCAUCAAAUUAUGAACGUCGAAGCUUUUGCCCUGAGACGUAGGCUUUAUAUAAUUUUUAAAGGCGAAGAAGGUUUGGAUUAUGGAGGAGUGUCGAGGGAAUGGUUCUUCUUACUGAGCCACGAGGUGCUCAAUCCGAUGUACUGCUUAUUCGAAUAUGCCAAUAAGAGUAACUAUAGUCUGCAGAUAAAUCCUGCUUCCUACGUCAAUCCAGAUCACUUGCAGUAUUUCAAAUUUAUUGGCAGAUUUAUUGCGAUGGCACUUUAUCAUGGUCGUUUUAUCUAUAGCGGUUUCACCAUGCCUUUCUAUAAGCGUAUGCUCAAUAAGAAACUCAUAAUGAAAGACAUAGAGUCGAUAGAUCCAGAGUUCUACAAGUCCCUCGUGUGGAUAAAAGAAAAUAACAUUGAUGAAUGCGGCCUGGAAUUGUAUUACAGUGUAGACUUCGAAGUCCUGGGUCAGGUAAUUCAUCACGAGCUCAAGGAAGGCGGCGACAAGAUCAGAGUCGUUGAAGAGAAUAAGGAAGAGUAUAUGAGAUUAAUGACCGAGUGGCGUAUGACUCGCGGAAUAGAGGAGCAAACGAAAGCCUUCCUGGAAGGCUUCAAUUCAGUAGUACCCCUGGAAUGGCUUAAAUAUUUCGAUGAACGUGAAUUGGAAUUAAUGCUAUGCGGCAUGCAGGAAAUUGAUGUUGACGACUGGCAAAGAAACACCAUUUACAGGCAUUACACGCGUAACAGCAAGCAAGUCCUGUGGUUCUGGCAGUUUGUAAGGACGACCGACACCGAGAAGAGAGCCAGACUGUUGCAGUUCGUGACAGGAACCUGUCGAGUCCCAGUAGGAGGUUUUGCAGAGCUGAUGGGGAGUAACGGACCGCAAAGAUUUUGUAUAGAGAAGGUAGGCAAGGAUACGUGGCUACCAAGAUCUCACACGUGCUUCAAUCGACUGGACUUGCCACCUUACAAAAGCUACGACCAAAUGGUAGAGAAGCUGAACUACGCAAUCGAGGAGACUGAAGGUUUUGGCCAGGAGUAACCACUCCGUCAUCUUCAAGGAAACGUCUCUACGUAGGGGAACACUACCGUGGCAGUCAGUGGACGUUGAAUUCCGUUUGAAUUUCUCGUAAUGCUUCUUUUUUCUUUGCAGAGCGAUGAGUUAUCCUGAGCACAGGAUUCGCUUCGCACAUUUAAAAACCAAAACCUCUAAACCGAUCUCCCAUUCCUACAACGUCCUCUAUUGAGUCCUAACCCGAGAGCCUUACCUGUCCAAACCUUAAUUUGUGUAUAAAUAUUAAAUACUUGACUAUUAUUAAUUAUUCGAUAUAAUAAGAAGGUACGAUGUUGAAUAUAAUAUACAUAGCUGUCUUAGCCAAAAUUAGGCCGGAUUCAUCAUGGUGAAAUGAUCCAGCUGAUGAUUUAAGCCAAAAUUAUGAGGGAUCCCAAGUGCAACGGCACAGAACAUUAUCAAGGAGUAUAUAUAAAUAUGUGUCUCUUGAUAUGCAAGUACCUGCAGAUCUUGCCUCAGGCCAGAAAACUAAUCUUGCCCAACGAGUGAAUUCAGUUUUGUUUCCAUUGUCAUUAAAAACUUUAUUAAUCGUAUUACAUGGAUAACUUCUAUGCCGUUGACAGAUAUUCACGUCUGUGCUAAAUGCGAGAGCCAAUGGGAAAUUAAAAAAAAAUCUCUUGAUAAUAAAAAUUGUACAUAAGUAAAAGCCUAUAUAUUAUAUAUGUGUGUGUAUAUAUAUAUAUAUACAUAUAUACAUAAUGAUUUUCGUAGUAAUAAUCAUUGUCGUAAGGCAAGUGACAAUUUUUUGUUUGCACAUCACACAGCAACUGAAUCGAUGAGACAAUUUUUAUCUGUACUCACUCGUAGUAUUGCGAAAGCCUGUUCACUCGAGUGCUUUGGCGUUAACGUUAUCUAAUAUAAUUCAUUGAUUAUUAAACUAAUAACGAUCGUAGCAAUGUUCUCGAGUUGAAGCUUGUUCAAGAAUGUACGACAAUUAAAUUGUUAUUUACUUGUUAUACGACAAUAUAUUUAUUAUACAUAUAUGUAUACACUCGCGUGCAAGGUAUACAAGAUUAGGACCUUGUGUGCUUUUGUGUACAUAAGUAAACGAGGAACUUGGCGUAUGCGAAGAAUUAUGAAGUAUUUGAAGGGGAGGUAGAAAGAGAAAUGAAAUAACUAAUUGAAAUAUAGCAGCUCUACGGAUUUAUUUUCGAUUCACAUACUUGUUUCUAAUACGACUUUGUAGCCUAAUCGAGGGUUAACGGGGAUUGUUGGCAAACAGAUGGAUUUUUAAUCACGUAAGAAGAGAGAUAAAUGAUACUAGCCUUUGGAAGUCCUAUCGAACCUCCAUUAUUGUGUAUAUUUAUUUUUACAAUGUACUUCAAAACUACACGUUUCUUUUGUUAUAUAGUGUUUCGUGGCUUUUUCCGUUCUUUACUGGUGUAUCAUUCAGGCACAGCGAGGAAGUUUUGUAAAAAUUUGUUGCAGACUGUAUGGUUGAAUUUUAACUGAAUGACGAAGAGGCAUAAGAACAUUGUAAGAGUUUGAGUAAUGUGACAGAAAUGGAAUGGCACUGUUGGUGUACGUGAGACACUUCUGUUACUUUCUUUCUUAUUCAGUAAAGGUUCUGCCAAAUCUGAGUUCCUCGGCUUGAUACUUAGUUUAGAUGAUUAAUGAGUACAAUAUCCUUUGUAAUGUUGUCGUGCAAGAACGUUAUUUAAUUUAAUGUGUGUCUCCAUUGGGUGCUUUGGAGGAUCCCACCUAUAAUUCUUACCCAAGGCAAAUGAUUCUAAAGAUUUUGAAGAUCCUGGUGAUACUUCAGACAGUUUGUAAUCAGUUGGGACAAUUUUUGUUUGAAAUAACGUCCGAUUUAACAUG